AUGAAUCAGGAAAAAGAAGUCCUGGUAGCAGCUGACGAGCUCUCUGGCCCGAAAAGAACUCUGAAAGAGCAUGAUCAACCACCCGUAAUCGUUUGUGGCGUCAGCUUGGCCAAAUUGGGCCGAAGUGGUCAAUUCGUAGCUUGCAGCUUGUCAAUAUUCUUCUUUUUCGUUCUUUACGGAUAUCUUCAAGAGUGGAUCUUUAGCUUUGGCGACUUCAAACCAUAUGGGUGGCAUCUUACACUUAUGCAGUUUUUUUGGUACACGAUUUUCGGUUUCGUAGAGCAAAAACUGAUUUUCAAAGAAAGCGCCGAGCGUAAAAUUCCACUUUUGACAUAUGCCUUCCUCGCCUUUCUCACAGUCGCCACAAUGGGCUGCUCAAACACGUCCCUAGGUUAUUUAAAUUACCCGACACAAGUGAUCUUCAAAUGUUGCAAACUUAUACCUGUGAUGAUUGGAGGGAUUUUCAUUCAGAACAAACGCUACACUCUUCUCGAUUUCAUUGCAGUAGUUCUUAUGACCUGUGGAUUAAUUUUCUUCACAAUUGCCGAUCAAUCCGUCUCGCCCAAGUUUGACAUAAUGGGGGUUGGUUUGAUCUCCGCAGCAUUGUGCGCCGACGCCGUUAUUGGAAAUGUCCAAGAAAAAACGAUGAAAGCAUUCAAAGCUAACAAUGCGGAAGUGGUCCUCUUCAGCUACUCGAUCGGUUUUUGCUACAUUUUCCUUGGCGAAAUUCUGACGGGCACAUUCAUGCCGGCGUUUACCUAUUGCAACGAACACCCCCAAAUCUAUUGGCUCUCCUUUCUCUUCUCGUUCGUCGGCUACAUGGGUAUCUUAUUCGUGCUGUCGAUGGUGAAGAGCUACGGCGCGUUGCUCGCUGUUACCGUCACUACCUUUAGAAAAGCCUUGUCUAUUAUCAUGUCCUUCAUCUUUUUCACGAAACCUUUCACAAUGCAGUACGUCUGGAGCGGAGCCAUCGUCUUUUCUGGUAUUGCUCUCAACAUUUACAGUAAAAAUCGAGACCGAGUCGGUAAUGUGUUCUCUUCAAGGCGGACCUUAUGUUGCACUUUUGUUUCCAUUCAGUUCAUAGCCUUUGCCGUUCUACUCAUAAUUACAUUCUUCACGUAG